GUCCCCUUGCCGGCACAGGCCGGACUACCCAGCCCUCCUCUUGAACUCUUAUAAAAGAAGAUAUCUCCUUUCUCCAAAUCUCUUCUUCCAACUUCUCCAUUACAUCGCAGAAACCCAGAUUACAUCUUGACUGACAAACAACAGACAUCAAUUUUUGCCCCUUUCUCAACAACACUCAAACACAAAGGAGCAUUACACAUCCUCAAAUCCCCAACAAUAUCCUAAAUCAACUACCCCAAGCAACCAUCUAGACAUCACUAGACACACAAAUCCUUCUAUACCCCAACAUGUCUUCUUCCCUGACUAUCCUAGAAGUCGAUCUCGCCAUAGCGGACCUCGACCAAAUCGAGAUCUGCCAGCUCAAGGACGCUCUAGGCCGAGCUAAAGAUAUUAUCAAGCAUCUCGAAGAGCUGAAGGAUGUCGACCAGACGGAGAUCGUUCAGCUACAAGCCCAUAUCGACGAGCUAGGAAAGAUGAUCAAGACCCUACAAGAGGGAAACAGUCGUCUCAAAGGACGAAACUUACAGAUUCUGAGCAACACCCAAGAGCCCCGCCAUACGGCUCAGGGGCCCUCUUCCCAUCAUCACUCCGACAUCACCCGUACAAAUCUACUGGUCUUGGACUCACAGUCCGCCUCGGCAUCAACUGACGAGGCUGUCGCGAUCGGUAUGGAGGACUUGAAUAUGGAUGAUGCCGUUAAGGACGGUUACUUCUCUGGUUCUGACAGCGGAUUCGAAGAUGUUGGCUCUGAGAACGGUUCCGAUUCUGCCUAGAGUUUUCUAUCAAAACUUGUAACAUAGAAGCAAAGUAGC